AUGAAUCAUAAUACAAGUAAAGUAUUAUUUUUUGGCUCUUCAAAUGGAAAUUUUAAAAAGAUUUUUGAAAAAACUCAUGAUUUAAACAAAAAACAUAACUUUGAUUUUUUAUUUUGUAUAGGUGAUUUUCUUCCAGAAUCAGGAACAGAUGAAUUAGAAAUCAUAGAUCUACUUGAAGGAAGAAUACAAAUUCCAAUAACUACAUAUUUUUCAAUUGGAAAACAACGUCUUCAUAAAAAAGUUGAAAAAAAAGCAAUUAAAAAUAAUGGAGAAAUAUGCAAAAAUUUGUUUUAUAUAGGAAAAUUAGGAACUUUAACAACAUCAAAAGGAAUUAAAAUAUCAUGUCUAGGAGGGAUGUAUGAAGAAAAACAGUUUUACUGUAAAAUAUUACCAGAAGAUACUGAAAUAAAACCGUAUAUUUAUGAAAGCGAGGUAGAUUUUAUUAUGAAAAAAGGGAAAGAUUCGGAUAUUCUUGUUACAUUUGAAUGGCCUAAAGACAUACAUAAAUUUUCAUGCAAAAAGAUGUCGAAAAUGAUUCCUGGGGUUCAAUCUAUAGCUAAAGUAACAUCAUAUAUCCAACCUAAAUAUCAUUUCUCAUCAAAUGGUUCAAUAUUUUACGAAAGAGAACCUUAUAAAAAUAUUUCUAUUGAAGAUAGACAAAAAACAAAUAUUACAAGAUUUAUAUCAUUAGGCUCAUUAGAUAACCCAGACAAAGAAAGAUCUUCUUAUGCUUUUAAUAUCACAGCAUCAAGUUUAUAUGAUACAUCAAAUACGUUAAAUAUACCAAAUGUUACACGAAAUCCUUUUACAGAAGAAAUAAAUACAAAUUCUAAAGAAAUUAAGCAUAAUCUUGAAGAUUCACAAUAUACCUUUUUCUGGAAUAAAGAAUCUUCAAAUAGUAUUAAGAGGCAGAAACAUGAUACCGAAAUAUCUAAAUCAUAUGAUCAUAUUAUUAAAAAAGAGAAAAAAGAAACUAAUUCUGAUCAAGUUCCUCAAAACUGUAUUCAAAUUCACAAUAUAACAGAUCAUUUAAUUUAUAAUUCAUCAAAAUUAAACAAAGAAAAAUAUGAAAAAGAAAGCACUAUUCCACCCAAUUAUACUUGCAAAAUAUGCAUGCAAAAAGGUCAUUGGAUUCAGAAUUGCCCACAAAAAAAGACUACUGCUUCGAGAAAACCUAUUCGUAAUCAUCCUAAAUUGGAGUUUUGUUUUUUUUGUCUUUCAGAUCCAAGAAUUGCUCGUCAUUUAAUUACCUCUAUAGGAUCAGAAACAUAUCUUGCACUCCCAAAAGGUCCUUUAACAACAAGUUCCACUAAUUCACCUUCUCUUUCAUUCCCAGGGCAUGUUUUAAUUAUUCCUAUUGCGCAUGUUCCUACAAUUAACGCUAUUGAAGAAGUAAACAGAGAUAAAACUAAGGAAGAAAUGGAAAGAUAUCGUAUAUCUAUCAAUGAAAUGUUUAAAUCUAAAGGAUGUGACACUGUAGCUUUUGAAAUAAGCAGAAUAAAUGGCAUCCACUUACAUUGGCAAGUAAUUCCAAUAAAAAAAAAUCUAUCAGAUGAAUUAGAAAACACUUUUAUUUCCAUGGGAAAUGAAAAGAAAUACAAUUUUGAAAAAAGAGACAUCAAAAAGGAUGAAGAAAAUUAUCUUCGUAUUUGGUUACCCAACAACACUAUUUUAGUUCACAUAAUAAAACCAGAAACAUAUUUUGAUCUAAAAUUUGCACGAUAUGUCAUAUCAAAAGUUCUUAAUUUAGAAGAAAGAAGUGAUUGGAAAAAUUGUGUUCAAACAAAUGAGCAAGAAUUCCAGGAUUCAAUUCAAUUUAAAAAACAUUUUAAGGACUUUGAUUUUACUAUCUAA